AUGUUCCAACAACAGCAAGCGGUUGACAGGUCAGCUUUUGAACACCAUCAUGAUGAUCCGGUGUCAACCACCACCAACAACAACAACACCACACCAGUUCACACAAACGAUUCAACAACAGAAUCAUCAACAAGUUCAAUGAGCUCCGAAUGGAUUCCCAACUCAUCCCACUUGAAUCAUCAUCACGAAACCAUCUGUACCUCUCCAUCUAGUGAGGAAAAUCAUCAAGAACGUCGACAUCGAAUAUUAUUACCUCAUUCGACGAGUUUGAAUGACAUUUCACAAAUGUCAGAUGAAGACAUUAAAAUUCUUUCGAACAUUCGACGUAAACGACACAAUUUUAUUCAUAACGACCAAUUAGCAAAUUCACCAACACAACAACAACAUGAAUUAUUGGAAUCCAAUUCGAUCCAUCCAACCACACCAGACACUCCAACUUUGAUGCAAAAGAAUAACAAUACACCAUCCAUCCGUUCGCACACAACGAUCAAUACUUUUGGAUCUUCAAUCGAGUCAGCGGUCACUUAUAAUUUAUUACAUGAUUUCACAGAAAUUGUAAAUAAUCCAUUAUUUGGAGAGCAAAUUGAAUUGUAUUAUUUUAGAGGAAUUUAUCCUGCUGUAGAUGCUCUGUAUGAAACGUUUGAUUAUGAAGCUGCUUCUCAUUUAUUGAAAUCGGGAUUGUUUGAUUUUGACACUUAUUCUGGAUUUUCAUUUUUAAAGAAAUUGGAAGAGACAAGUGACACUUCGCGAAAGGUUCGAAAAUUGAAUCCAAGUGGCAGCAGUAACAAUUUAUUGUUACAUCAUCGAAAACUUGAAACAACAUCUCAUGAAUCUUCACUCACAAAAUCCUCCUCAUUCAUCCACACUUUACAUCAACCUGAACCCUAUGAACAUUAUUUUUCAUGUAUCGAAGUAAAAUCUUUGGAACCACUCUUCACUCAGGAAUAUCAAGACAAGUAUGACGGAUUCAAUGAGAGAGAAUCGAGUACAAAUAUCAUUCGAGAUGAAAAUGGAUCUGUGAAAGCAGCAAGUUUGGAUAAAUUGAUCGUGCUACUAACCUCGAAUGAAGAAUUCGAUAAUGAAUUCAUGCAAUUAUUUUUACUGACCUACCGAUCGUUUACCACGUCGACUGAACUUUUAGAAAAAUUAAUUCAAAGAUAUAACACUCCACCUCCUGAACAAUGUCUCUUGUAUGAGAGAGAAAAAGAUUUCGAACGAUUGAAAGUUUACUUUGAAAAUUUUCACACCAAAAUUUUAAAACCCAUUCGAUUGCGAGUCGGUCAAGUGAUGAGUUCAUGGCUUCAACAUUAUUAUUAUGACUUUAGAGAGGAUUCACAAUUGAAAAUGAAAUUGGAACAAUUUAUUUGUGAAGAAAUGAAUGAAACUGGAAUGAAAACUCUUUCAAAAACUCUUCAAUCACUCCUACAGAGAUCUUCGAAACGACGUGAAACAUUUAAAUUACAACAAUUAGAAGAAGUGAAAUUAAGGCAUGAAAUUGAGGGAACUCUCCAGCACCAUGCCAUGACUUCAAACUCUUCUCAAAAUCCCUUAAAGAAAAUUGCAAGUUUGAAUCGUUUAAACCAUUUUUCUGAAGUGGAAUCUCUCAAAUCCACACCGCUAUGGCAACUUGACAAACGAACCAUUGCUCUUCAACUCACUCUUGUCACGUUUCGACUUUUUGAAAAAUUAAGACCUAAAGAAUUUUUAAAUUUAAAUUGGAUGAAAGAAACUCGACGAAAGAAAGCUCCAAAUAUUUAUGCCAUGAUUAAUCUUUCGAAUGAAAUUGGAAUGUGGGUGGCUACAGAAAUUCUCAAUCAUGAAGAAGUGAAAGAGAGAUCCUAUGUGUUGAAAAGAUUUAUCAAAAUUGCAAGUGAAUGUGAAAAAACUCACAAUUAUAAUACCAUGUAUGAUAUUGUGUCGGGUCUGAAUUCAAAUCCCAUUCAUCGAUUGAAAAAGAGUUGGGAUCUCGUUCCAGAAAAGUGGCGAACAAAAUUUCAAGAAUUGGUCGAAUUGACAAGUCCAAAAAGAAGUUAUGCUGCCAUGAGACAAGCUCUCUCGAAUUAUGCAGAUCAAACCGUUUUGCCCUAUAUUGGCAUAUUUUUAACAGAUUUCUUAUUCAUUGAAGAAGGAAAUUCAGAUUUUACCAAAGAAGGAAAUUUAAUUAAUUUUUCUAAAAGGAGAUUAUUGGGUCAAUUAAUUCGUCAAGUUCAAACCUAUCAACAAAAUUCAUUCAAUAUUGACAUUAUUCCAAUACUACAUCAACGAUUGACUCAUUUAUUGUACAGACCUAUGGAAGAAUUAUAUGAAAUUAGUUGUAAAUUAGAGGCACCUCCUGCACAACCUAAAAAGAACAAGAAGAAACCACUCGUUGUUGUGUACAGUACCGAAGAAUUGGAUGAUACAAAACGUGUGAGUGUUGAACCAGCUUCACCAUCAGUGGUUGCAGCAACAAGUACUGAUCUUUCCGAUGAAUGUCAAAAUGUCAUGACAAGAUCUUCAUCACCCAUCAUCCAGAGAUCAUCCAUGUGUGAAAUUACCAUAACCACCUCAACCACGACGACAUUAAUGAAUGGUGAAACUAUUGUCACGUUAGAAUUGUCAAGUAGUAGUUAUCAAGAAGAUCCUGCAAUGGUCGUCACGGAAAUUCAACACGAUGAAGAAAAUUUCACAAAAAAACGAACAAAUUCUGAACUAGUGACUCAUACUUCACAAGAUCAUGCAACACCAAGUAAGGUCAUGGAUGAAUCUCAUCAUCAUUCCCGAACGAACAGUAAUCAUUAA